CAGCUAGCUAAAAUCGAGGCAUGCAUGUCUUUCUUCGUUGCUAUUACUUCCAUUUCUAUUGAUUUUUUGGUGAAGAUUGUCUCUAAUUUUAACCUAGUUCAGUAGAUUGGUUUUAUUUAAGCUUAUAACAUAUAAUGUUGGACAAGGCAUGGGUGCAUCUAUGCAGAGCUGAUCCUGGUUAUGAGAGAGGUGCUCGGAGAUUUGUCAUUGAUGUGGCUGCGGCUUUAGGAGAUAUAGAUAAGAUAAUAUGUCCAUGCAAAGACUGUCGUAAUGUAUACCGCCAGUCAAGUAGUGAUGUGGUGGUUCAUCUUGUAACAAGAGGGAUGGAUGAGGCUUACAAGCUGCAAAGUGAUUGGUACCAUCAUGGAGACUCAGUUGCUGAUGGAGAAUGUGAAAGGGAAGUAAAUCAUUGGAAUGAGGAAAUUCUUGAGUUAUACAGAGCUGCUGAAUACCAUGACCAAGAGUUGGCUAGUAAUGGUGAGCUAGGUGACAAUCCAGUGGCUGACUUAAGUGAGAUUGCAGAGGUUGAGGACAAGAGAGAAGAUGAGAUUAAGACCAAGAAUGGAUGGUCUGACAAGAGCUUUGAUGAGCUUCUUGAGCUUGUUGGAAGUGAUGCUCCAACAACCACAACAAAUCCAGAAGAAGAUCACCUCUGUCAACUUUUAGGACCCGACAAUCCUGGUAGGCUGCGGGCAAUGGGUAGAGGCAUGAGUAAGACCAAAUUAGCUUGUUUCCAAGUGAAGACCAAGGUUAUGACUGGCAUGGAAGAGAAGCAGGUUCAGUUACUGAAGAAGGUGAAUGAAUUGGAGGAGGAACUUAGCAAAAUGAAGAAGCAGAGACAAGAACCAGAAAUAGGUGAAAACUCAGCUGCCAGAAGUGUAAACAAAAGAUCACACCCUAAGUGUGUAUUGGUUGAUUGGUCUGGUAGUGAUGAAAACAUUGGUGAGGGGCGUAUUCUAUCUUCUGAUCCUGAUGACUUAGUGAAUGACUGUCGUCUAGGCCCUACAGAUCUUAAAGUGUUGGUUGAAACUGCUACUAAAGCAGAUGCAUUCCUCUGGAGACCAGCAACUAAGAUGUUUACUAUUCAGGAAGCUGUUGGACAGAUUAUUGCAUGGCCAGCCUCUAAGUGUGUUCUUUUGGACAAAGAGCUCCAAAUAGAAGACAUUGCGCCUUUGGGCCUAAGAGCAAACUCUAUGAAUAAAUGUAAACUGCUGGAUUUGUCUAAUGAUGAUGUGAUUGUUGCUGAGGGUCGUUGGCAGACACAAGAAGAAACUGCAUUGGUUAAUGGACUACCUCUUGGACCAAAGGCAGUAAAAGUAUUUGUGGAUUCAGUGCUUCAACCAGAAACAUUCAUAUGGAGGCCUACAAUUGAUAUGGCAUACCUUGAGGACUGUUUGAUGGCUUUUGUUUCAUGGCCUGUCAAUAAAGUUAGCUUUGAGACUCAGUCUCCUAGACAGCAUUCUGCAUCAACUGAUAUACCUUCAGGAUCUAAAUCUGCAGUUGGGACAAAAUCUGCGGAGACAAGUGAUAAACCAGCGUCUAAUGCCUCUAAAUCUUCAGGGUCAGGUUCUGAAUCUCCUAUUGAGACUGAAACACGCCCAAGCUCUCCAGUAAGGAAAACUAUACCAGAUUCACAGUCUCCUAUCCGGAAAUCACAGCGUAUCAUGCAAAAUGGUUCAAAGGAGAAUAAGAGAUGCAAGUUGAUGGACAUUACCGGAAAGUGUCGAGUAGUUGCUGAAGGACGAUGGGCAACAAAUGAUCCAAACCAGAAGGUUCACUUUGUUCCUUUGGGUUCUAAUGCUGUUAAAGUGUGGGUAGAUAUUGUCAAAGUUAGCGAUGCAGAAGUUUGGAGGAAAUCAGAUGAAAUAGAGAUUAUGGAAGAUGCCCUUGGGACAGUUAUUGCAUGGCCUGAGGACAAAGUGAUCAUGGCCUGAGGUUUGGUUUGUGAAACUUCUUUGGAAAACUUGUUUUCAGACUUUUAGUUGGUUGGUUUUGGAUCUUAAGGAGAGAAUUGACAGGAUCUUUGGAAAACUUGUUAGCUUGUUAUGUGAAACAUGUCUUGUGAAUUGUAUCUUGGAUUUGAAGUUAUUAAUGAUGUAUUUGGGGAUUUUAAAACAGGUGUGUCAUAAAAAAAAAGAAAUCAGUGACAUGAAA